CGGACAGCUCUCGCGAGAUCUGCGCGAUAAGAUGGCCGCGGGAGGUCCGCCGCUGUUCCAGUGAGGAGGGGGAAGCGGUGCCCCGGGUGUGAGCCGCUCCAAUGACCGGGGAGAAGCUCCGUCCCCUGCGCCGGGACCACAAGCAGUGCAAGGAGGACGAGCUGCUGGAGACCGACGAGGAGAGCGGAGGAGAAGGCGGAAGGAACAAGAAUGGCAAAAGCUUCUCCAACCACCGGCUCAUCCCGUCCAACCCGGCCCUCAGCAACGCCUGCUACCCCGUACACGAGUGUGUGUUCCGAGGUGACAUCCGCCGACUGUCCUCCCUCAUCCGCACAGGAAACCUGGGAGAGAAGGGCAAUAAUGGUAAUACUCCAUUACACCUCGCUGUGAUGCUGGGCAACAAAGAAUGUUCUCAUCUCCUUCUGGCACACAACGCUCCAGUCAAGGUGAAGAACGCUCAGGGCUGGAGCCCCCUGGCUGAGGCCAUCAGCUACGGAGACAGACAGAUGAUUACAGCAUUGUUAAGAAAGCUGAAGCAGCAGUCCAGGGAGAGUGUAGAGGAGAAGAGGCCGCGCCUAUUAAAUGCUCUGAAAGAGCUGGGAGACUUUUACCUAGAACUUCACUGGGAUUUUCAAAGUUGGGUGCCUUUACUGUCCCGUAUCCUGCCUUCCGAUGCAUGCAAGAUCUAUAAACAAGGUAUUAAUAUCAGGCUUGACACCACUCUCAUAGACUUCACCGACAUGAAGUGCCAACGAGGGGACCUCAGCUUCAUCUUCAACGGCGAUGCUCCUCCCUCUGAAUCUUUUGUAGUUUUAGACAACGAACAAAAAGUUUACCAGAGAAUACAUCAUGAGGAAUCUGAAAUGGAGACUGAGGAGGAGGUGGAUAUUUUAAUGAGUAGCGAUAUCUAUUCAGCAACCCUGUCUACAAAGUCCAUCACCUUUUCACGUGCCCAGACCGGCUGGCUUUUCAGGGAGGAUAAAACGGAGCGUGUGGGAAAUUUCUUAGCCGACUUCUAUCUGGUGAAUGGGCUUAUCUUAGAGUCCCGGAAGAGGAGGGAGCACCUCAGCGAGGAAGACAUCCUGCGAAAUAAAGCCAUCAUGGAGAGCCUGAGCAAAGGGGGGAACCUGAUGGAGCAGAACUUUGAGCCUGUACGGAGACAGUCGCUGCCCUCACCUCCUCCGAACACCAUUAGCUGGGAAGAAUACAUGUCUGCAGAGAAUGGAAAGGCUCCUCAUCUGGGAAGAGAACUUGUCUGCAAAGAGAACAAGAAAACCUUCAAAGCCACAAUCGCUGUGAGCCAAGACUUCCCCCUAGGGAUCGAAUCACUGCUGAAUGUUCUAGAAGUAAUCGCACCUUUCAAGCACUUUAAUAAACUUCGGGAAUUUGUACAGAUGAAGCUUCCUCCCGGUUUCCCUGUAAAGCUCGACAUCCCUGUGUUCCCCACCAUCACAGCCACUGUAACCUUUCAAGAGUUCCGCUACAGAGAGUUUGAGGAUUCCAUCUUUACGAUACCAGAGGAGUACAAAGAGGAUCCGAGCCGUUUCCCCGACUUGUAG